AUGUCUAUCCUUUUCGCGUCUCUCCUGCUUUUUGCGACGACCGUAGAGGGAGAUCUCGUCUUUCCCCGCAACGAGACCUACACGCCAUCCCCUCAUUCCCCCGUCGUAUUCGCCGUCCAGAACGCAAAGACAGGCUGGCCGAUCGGUUUGAGGAUCUGGGUCGAGGUCCGUAGGACUUCGCUCUUUUUCGACAAGGUUUUCCCCUUUCCCAUGAUAAGCGACGCCGACUCGCCCGGCUUCACAGGCGGCCCCGCGCCAGCCGACCCGGCCCUGUUCUCCUCCGGCGUCAACCUCACCGGCAUCGUAGGCGAAUUCUCCAUCUUAUGGACUUUGUACGUCUCGGACAACUGCUCUGCCUCCAAGGAGGUCGACGGCUACUCCACCGGCAACCGGUCCACAUCGUUCAUCAUCGCCGUCGGCGGCAAGACCCCCGACAUCGCGGCGGCAGUUGAAAGCUGCCCCGUUGACGUUGCAGCCGUGGUUCUGGACGGCGUGGCAAACACCGAGGUUGACGGGAAGGAGAUGCUGUGCGGAUUUGUCGGCGGUGCGGCGGCGAAGGCCAAAACCGACCCCUGUGCGCUGAGGCCGCUCAGCAAGGUGAUCGCCGCCAACGUCUCGGCGGCCAUAGAAAUGCAGGAGUGCCUCGAGGAGAAAGGGUUUGAUCAGAAAGGGUUUGAAGCCUGUAAGAGUGAGGCUGGUCUGCGUUUAUAUCCUGGGGCCGGCGGAAGUAGCCUCCUUUUCGUGGCACUGGCUAUCUCGGUAUUGGAUCUUUGA